CAACCAGCCAAUCCCCGCCAUGACAGUCUGGCACGUGACGUUGAGUAGGUUCCUGCUGUGGUUUAAGGGAAACAUAUCGACAUUCGGCCACGGGAGAAUCGCACUUUGCGGCCUGUGGAAGCCCCCCUCCCUGAGCGAUGGCCUCACCAGUCUCAGUCUACAACUCCAACGCCCUGGACACACACAUCUCCAGUACCUCCAGAGAGUCCCUGAAGAUGGAUUUGUUGGCGGAUGUGUCUCUGCUGCCAGGAGAGGAAAGAAUUAUCGAUAAAGAAACCAUGUACAUCUGUCCAUUCAAUGGAGCUGUGAAAGGCAAAGUGUUGAUCACCAACUACAGACUAUACUUCAAGAGCUCAGAUGCUGAUGUGGCGGUGACGCUGGACGUUCCUCUGGGUGCCAUCAGCCGGGUGGAGAAGAUGGGCGGGGCGUCGAGCAGAGGAGAAAACUCCUACGGCUUGGAUAUCACCUGCAAGGACAUGAGGAACUUGAGGUUUGCCUUGAAGCAGGAAGGUCACAGCAGACGAGAUAUCUUCGAGCUCCUCUUCAAAUACGCCUUCCCCCUCUCACACGGUCUGCCACUGUUUGCCUACGUGAAUCAGGAGAAGUACGCGGAGAACGGCUGGGGCAUCUACAAACCCGUAGAGGAGUUCAGACGCCAGGGCUUACCGAAUAACAAGUGGCGUAUCACAUUCAUCAAUAAGAACUACGAGCUGUGUGACACCUACCCCACCGUGUUGGCCGUACCCUUUAAAAGUAAAGAGGAGGACCUGAGGAGAGUGGCUGCCUUCAGGUCCAGAGGACGCAUACCGGUUCUCUCAUGGAUCCACCGGGAGAACCAGGCCGUGAUCUGCCGCUGCAGCCAGCCUCUGGUUGGCAUGUCUGGGAAAAGAAACAAGGACGACGAGCGCUACCUGGAACUGAUCCGGGAGGCAAACGACACCCCCAAGCUCACCAUCUACGACGCUCGGCCCAGCGUCAACGCUGUGGCCAACAAGGCCACAGGAGGAGGCUACGAGGGUGACGAGUACCAAAACGCAGAGCUCAUCUUCCUGGACAUCCAGAAUAUCCACGUCAUGAGGGAAUCCUUGAAGAAACUCAAAGACAUUGUCUACCCCAAUGUGGAGGAAUCCCAUUGGCUGUCCAGUCUAGAGUCUACACACUGGCUAGAACAUGUUAAGCUGGUGUUGUCAGGAGCCAUCCAGGUAGCAGACAAGGUUUCCAGUGGGAACUCGGUGGUGAUUCACUGCAGCGACGGCUGGGACCGCACCGCUCAGCUCAGCUCUCUGGCCAUGCUGAUGCUGGACAGUCACUACCGCACGCUCCGAGGAUUCCAGGUGCUGAUUGAGAAGGAAUGGAUCAGCUUUGGGCACAAGUUUGCCUCAAGGAUAGGUCACGGUGACAAGAACCAUGCAGAUCAGGACAGGUCACCCAUCUUUGUUCAGUUCAUCGACUGCGUAUGGCAGAUGACCAAACAGUUUCCUACAGCGUUUGAGUUCAACGAGCGCCUCCUGCUGACCAUCCUGGAUCACCUCUACAGCUGCUGCUUCGGGACCUUCCUCUACAACUGCGAGAGUAUGCGAGACCAGCAGGAGGUGAGGUUGAAAACAGUGUCUCUGUGGUCCCUGGUCAACAGUAAGAUGGAGAUGUAUUUAAACCCCUUCUACACCCCCGAGUCGGGCAGGGUCCUCUACCCCGUCGCCAGCAUGCGCCACCUAGAGCUGUGGGUAACAUACUACAUCCGCUGGAACCCUCGCAUACGGCAGCAGCAGCAGAGUCCGGUGGAGCAGCGCUACAAGGAGCUGUUGGCGCUCCGAGAAGAGUACCUGAGGAAGCUGGAGGCGCUGGAGCUGUCUGACUCCUCCCCUUCCUCCCGUCUGGCUAACACCCCCAACACCCCUGCCUCCUCCACGCCACCACAGCAAUACACACAACUGCAAACUCCCCUCUGAGGGCUCAUGACACACACACACACACACACACACACACACACACACACACACACUCAACUACACCUGUUGACUUGCACUUACGUCCUCUUCACUCUGAUUUCUGUCAGUCUCUAACACACGCAGGGAAUUAAUGAGUAUCAUGCUGUUCUAACUGUUAGAUUUAGAUUUGAUAGGGUUGUUCUAACACCAUAGUGGUGACGAUGGUGAUUUAUGCAAUAUGUCACAGUAUAGCCUUCCACACACACACACACACACACACACACACUCGCCAUACAAGAAAGCCUUAAAGACAUUCAGUGGCUUUCAGUCCAAGGGCUUGAACACACAGGACACCCAGUGAAUGCGUAACGGCUUUCACACAGGCUUUCCUCUGUACGCCCUAAUCUGAUUUGACAGGAACCGCCACAUAACAACAUUUAGGUAUACUAGCUACUAUAGGUAGACCCCCUCUUGCUUCCACUCUUUGUGCUAAGAGAGAAAAGCCAAAGGUUGCCCAGUCAGGAGAGAAAUAGAGACAAUACAUUUUCUUGGAAACUAAAACCAAUUCAGAGUUUGGAUGUCAGAACACUGCUGGGUGUCAGCCCGGCUCCUGCCUACGUCCUGCUACACAAGCGUUGGUGUCCUGUGUGAACACAGCGAAAUCAAGACAGACAGUUCUCACUUCUCACACUUCUUCCUUCUUGCUGCACUGCUUCUGAGUGUUGCCUCAUUUUCCCUUAAGGAAUUGAUUAGAGCUGCCGCGGAGCUCACGCGGCGGAGUCGGAGGCUCUGAGCUGCGGCGGUGAACGUCACUGUACGCGUCCAGCUAAGUGUAUAUAUCAAGUGUGUCAGAUUCGGAUGGAUUGAUGUGGAAUUUGUUGCCUAUCACCCGAGGAGGAAACCUAGAGCUGUCUCCAUCACAUGUGUUUUGCCGCCGCUUUCAGCUACGCUCCCCUAAGCAGUAUUUCCCAGCUCUUCCUAAGCUAUGGCGCCGAGAGCAAAUGCAGUUCUCGCCAACUGGCAGAGUUCAGUUAGAAGUAAUCAGUAAUUACCUUUUUAUGAAUGCAGCUUUGAUAGGGUUUGAAAUAUAUUUUGGUUGCUCAAGAUAUUCUAGGGACAUGAAGUGGUGCUGGCCUCUGAUCCUGGAUCACCUCUUGUGCUUGUAUGUUCUCACUAAACACAGACUGUGGAUGGAAAAAAACCAGCCUGGUCCAUGAUAGCCUUACCAUGCCACGCCAAGAUGUUUGGAACCAGCACACAGUUUUAUGGACAGUGAGCAGAAAUCAACCAGUUAGCUCUUACUUCCCCUGAAGUACACACAGUUACAAAUUACAGUUUGUAAUUCUGAUAUUCUUUCCAAACCCACCACUGAAAACGCACGUGAUCUCAUAGCACAGGUGCCUUUUGGACAGGUGUUUUCUUUCCCCCUCAUUGUAAUUGGAUGUCAUGUGGGUCAGUUUUUACUUUUUACAUCAGAAAGCAAAGAUUUAGUCAAUAAAUAGUGUUUCUGUUUUUCAGUUAUCUAAUUGGUUUACGUACUUUGGUGGACUUGUUUAUAACUACUUGCUUGGUUUUCUGACUGCUCAUGUUUCUGCCCAAUUACACUCCAGAUUACAGCUUUGUGUAGCAAACGGGCUGUUGAUGCCAAAAAACAUGUAAUUAUAACUAAUAGGAAUGAUGGGGAAAGCUAUUUAGAAAUGAGGUGAAGUUAUGGGAAUUAAUCUUGAUUGUUUGUGGAAGUAGCAAAUAAAAAUGUAAAUUUCUCAUUGGAAAUUCUUGGAAGACAAUGUUUGCCAGAAAAAAGAAAUUUGGUCAAUUGUUAAGGAAUGACAAAAAUAUAAAAAAAAAAAAAAGAUUUAAAUGUCAAAAUGGUAGGAUACCAGGUUUAAACGAUGACAUUAAGUCAAAGUUAUUUUAUUAUUUUUUUAGUUUUUUAUCUCAAAAUGGUGAGACAGUGCUAUCGUUAUUUUGAUUCACUGUCUCAAAAGUAUGGCCUAGUGUCUCAUAAUUCUGACUUUAAGUUGAAAUAAAAUUGAAAAUAAAAAAUAUGACUCAUAAUUUUGACUUAAUGUUUAAUCAUUUUACUUUUUUUUUUAUUCCUGACUCAAAUGGGCUUCCAUUAAAUUCUACAAUGAGAACACAUGAAAACCAACCUGUCCAGAAAGCACAUCCUUUAGCAGUGUGGAACUAAUGUCUACAGAGCCGUGUGCAGAGUCAACCUUGCGCGUGUGUGUUGGGUGUUUUGUGUGUGUGGGUGCGCGUGUGCGUGUGCGUAACGGAAAAUCAACUAGCCUGAUGUGAGGAUUUUGCUGCUAACUCCCAAGGGCUCCCAUUUUGGUUAUUUUGAGAACAUUUGACACGUCUGACAGAAAAAUACUGGCUAUGUCUAUCACAAAUGUAUGUACUGUAUCAGUCAGUCUGUCAACAUGGUGACAAGACUGUUACUACAAUGGCUCUUGAGUUUAGGUUCUCUGCCACCCUAUUCAUUCUCAGUCUGGUAGUCCUCAGUCUCUGGCACUUUAUCGCAACAUCGGCCACUCAAUAAAUAUCUGGGUUUUAUUACUGGAGUACUGUAAGUUGGGAAUUUGAGUGUUGAGGGCAGGGCUUUAAAAUGAGACCUGCCAACCCGCCAAAUGCGGGUAAAAAUGAACUUUGGCGGUUAGAGUUACUAGCCAAUUUGCCUGGUGAUGAAUAAAGCAAAAUAACACUGCACCCGUUUCAAUCGGCUGGCUGGAGAAAUGAUUCCAGAUUUCUCUUGUUUUCUGCCAAGAAAUUUGGGCAGUUUUGUGUGUUUGCCUUGGAAACAUACUCUUUAUCUGGCAACACUCAUUGUAGUACUAACCCUACAUUUCCCAUGAACACGUUCUCUUUGAAAUGAAGUAGUAAAGUCAGUUAGGAAAAAAACAUACAUUUGGCUAGUGGAAAAUCUGAUUGGCUGGUAACUUUGAAAAUCUACUAGCCAUGUUGGCUGGUCAAAAAAGUUCAUUUAAAGCCCUGCUUGAGUGUGAUAUUUUGCUGAUGUGUUAUUUUGGCAAUGCCAGCUGUGGCAUCCAUUGCUGAAAGCAAGAAUGAACUAAUGGAUAGCUAUUAAAAGGAGCUUUAAGACUGCAGCAUUGCUGUGCUCUGGCUCAUUACCCAAGAGAAACUGCUCCGUAGAGAACUAGUACAGGGUAGAUACACCUGGAGGUCUACUUGGACCACCACUGUAGAUCAUGUCCACCUGACACUAUAUAACUUUUCAU